CUCGGUUGAUAGGGUAAACCCACACUGGUCAUCCCGCCCCUUUACUCGAAGACUUCACAGUGAGGAUAAAAACCCGCCACCACUCUGAGCUGCAGCGUCUCAAUAAGACUUUCUCUCUAUAAGGAAGCUAAUCAUGUUCAUCAAUAACAUGUCCAGCAUUUUGCUUCUCCUCUCUGUGGCUCUCGCCUGCUCAGAUGCUGAAGAGCAUGCUGUUAAUGAGUUGUUUUCCCUGAUCGGAGCACCACCGGUGCAAACGUCUGACUCCUCCAGCAACCAAACCAAAACCGGAGUCAAAGAUCCUUCUCUACCAGCCAAUGAGCUGCUGGAGCAAGGCAAAAAAUCUGCAGACCCGAAGCUGGCGCUGCCCCCGGGGAUAUGGCCCAAACAUUCAGACCCGCUAUCCCCUCAUCCUCGGCAUAGCACACAGAGCAAGAGCAAGAAGGGCUCGAGGGACGAGCGGCUUCCCAUCGAACAUAACAAUGAGAAACUGCGUAAUGAUGGGAAUCCUAAUAAAGUCGUCCCUGCUGCUGGGGUCGGGGCAUCGAACCGCACACAGACACAGAAAGCUACACCUGAAAGCCCUAUGCAGUCCAAUAACCCUCCAUCUAGUGAGUCUGAGUUAAAUCACAACUCCAGAUCACGUACACGCUCACAGCAGCCAUCGUCUAACACGCACAGAGAAACUGGGACCGCUCGGAAUGAUCCCGAGGAGAACAGACCUGGCAGAUCGAGCCUGAACAACAGCCGCCCGUUCAUCCAGUACAACCGGCGCUCUUCCAGUCUGCUCUACCACUUUGACAUCCACAAGAAAGAGUCGGAUUUCACCCAUGAUGCAGUGUGUCUGAGCGAAUGCAGGAAGGACAAGGACGAGACGGAGCACUUCUGCUACAGUGAAUUCGCCAUCAACGGCAUUGUUCACGACAUUGAUAUAAUUCGUCGAGGCAUCAGGCUGGUCUCUCUGCUGGUGAGCAACGACGGCUUCUACAAGAUGAGCCGCCUAUUCAUCACUCCAGACGCCUACUUCUUCAAGGUGAACAUCUUGGUCUUGGACACCUACAAGUGUAGCAAACCUUGUCCUGACUUCAAACUCGGUAGCAGAUACAUAGUCAUGGGUCAUAUCUACCACCGAAGGCGCCAUCUUCCCUCCAGUCUCCUCACCCUCCUUGGAGGCAAACUGAAACCCGGAGACGGGGUCCUGCGCAGCAACAGCUACGUCAAGCGCUACAACAAGAGAAGGCACCAGAAAGCUCAAGAGGCCAUGCGCUCGAGGUGCAGGUGAAGGGGAAAACAAAUGUCUCGCUGCGACACCUGCUGCACAGGAGGACUAACUGCGGCCUUAUGUAAAUAUAAAAAAGAACAACCUCAUAAUCUUGCAGUAUUAUCAGAGGAGAUAGACAGGAAGACAAAGGCGUCUCUGUCCACCUAGCCCAAGCGUCCGAGUGUAACAGAUCAAUCCACUCCAAGUGGGGAUAUUUUGCUUGCUGUACAAUGCUUGCCUUUCUGCCUGUCCUCUUUCAUAGACGACUCCAGGGAAAUCCGCUGGAUUCCAUCCACUGGCGGAGGAUCUGAUUCAUGUCUGAAACAUGAACCGGGAACCGGCUAAAUAUUUCCUCCGAGAAAUAUUCGGAGAAAAGUAAUAAAAUAAAGUUUUUAUGUGUUUAUAUACCCUAUACACCCUGCCCUGUUUGAUAUACACACAAGAACCGUGUUGUGUUUUCAGCGGACAUUCACCCUCAUAAAGACCGGACAGGUUAGGGAUGUUGUAAAAUAUCUGACCUUAUUUCAAUUGCACUCAGAGCGCUCACGUCCACAUGGCGUCGGUGUCUUUUAAGCCGUUACGUUCGGUCAUUUCAUAUUCCAUAACCCAUGUGUUUCCUUUACAAACCCCAGACUAUGCUGUGUGACUUUGAACAUGUAGUGCACUGUGCAUGUUGCAGAAGUUACUAUUUUAUACCCUAUAAGUGCACUUUCUUUAAAAAAUACAUGUUGUACACUAUGUAGUGUACAGUAGAUGCCAAUGUUUCAUACCUUAUAUAGUGCACUUUCCUUUACAGUAUGUGAUGCUAAUCGGGCCCGCAGGUUUCAUCUCUACACAGCAUCCAGCGUCCUGUGUGCAGGGGUUUUUUUUGUUUGUUUUUUUUUUUUUCUCUCUCUCUCUCUCUCUCUCUCUCUCUCCAUAUUUUUCCAGUUUGGAAACAUCAUGUGUCAUUAUCUCAGUUCAUUUCUGUUUAUUUUCCCAUUCACACUAUUCGAGCAGCACAGAAUGAAAGCACAAACCAACAACACAGAGCUCUAUUUACGGAGCCCUAUUUAUUUUACCCGUACUUUGUAUUUCUCCUUUAAAUUAUAUCAGAAAGCAGGAAAUGUGCUGUUAUGCUCAAAAGAAGGAAAGGAAGAAGUAAAGGGUUUGGAAUGGGGAAGGGGGUGGGGGGACACACACAAAACAACAAUUUUUUUUUAACAAAAAAACUAAAUCCCUUUCUUAAGACAAGGUGAUUUUCUGUACUUUGGGUUAGUUUUACUCUGUACGUGGGAGAGACUGCAGAAAGAGAAGGCCAGUGUGUACGCGUUCAUGUUGAGCCUCAAUCGGAUAGUAAUCUGAUCCUCUGCGCACCUGGUUACAUGAAAGAGGGCGGUUCUGUUUAGGGUCCUGUGAGCAAAAACAUGGGCCAGGGCCUCGGGGAACAGACGCUCCAGGAGCCGUAAUGGAACGCCACCUAUGGCGAAUGUUUGCCCGCACACACACACACACACACACACACACACACAUAUAAAUACACAUAAACACACAUAGGCUUCUGGCUCAAGCUCAAAGGAAGCAGAAGGGGAGAGGCACAGGCAGGAAAGAAGAGGAGCUUUAUGGGCAUGUUGGGUGAAAGAGAAGGAAAGAUUUUAAGAAAUGGGUUCCUUCAGGCUCCAUUCCACGACUCAAAGUGUAUAGUGGGUGGAACUGAAGGGUAAACAGGGAAUACUUUCAUAUGCACUGCUGAUGCACAUUUUGUCAUUCUGACAUGUCUUAUUAAAUAAAAAAAUAUUUUUUUCUA